AUGACCCGAUCAUUAGCUGCCAAGGAACGUAACUUCAUGGAUGCUGUCCACACCAACGCCCACAAUCGUUCUCAUUUUGCUUUGAAAUAUCGCAUCGAACCCUAUAGUGGAGCUGCUGCUACUGCUGCAGCUACUGGAGGAUCUUUGCAACAUGGCAUCAGUCGCUCUGCAUUAUUACCCGGCCACUAUUAUCUACCAUUGGCCGCUGGUAGCUUUUAUGAUACCACCACCACCAUCCUAAACAGCAGCAGCUAUCGUUCCCUCCAUAUCAGUCAUCGUCGCUAUGAACAACCAUCCUCGAAGGUCGAAGUCACCGUUCAGACCAUGAAAAACAAACAAAAAGAAAAAGUUGAAGAAAUUUUAAAAGAGGUUGCCAAUGGUAAUGCAGCUGCUGCUGCAACUCCCAAUGCCGUCACGGCCGCUGCCUCUGUCGUCACUGAGACCAGCACCGCCAACAAAUUAGCCGAAUCACCACCCAAACAAUUAGCCGUGAAGAAAUCCCUGAAAACCCGCAUUUGGGAGGAAAUUGUUCACUACUACCACGGUUUUCGGCUCCUCUUCAUUGACAUCAACAUUUGUCGCAAACUCCUGUGGCGCGUCCUAAACGGCAAAACUUUGACACGCCGUGAAAACAAACUACUGGUGCGUACCACCUCCGAUCUGUUUCGUUUGAUUCCCUUCUCGGUGUUUAUCAUUGUCCCCUUCAUGGAAUUAUUGUUGCCGGUCUUCAUAAAAUUUUUCCCCGGCAUGUUACCCUCAACAUUCCAAACCACCAAAGAACGUGAAGAUAAACUGAAACAGAAUCUGCAGGUACGUCUCGAAAUGGCCAAGUUCUUACAAAAGACUCUCGAUGAAAUGGCCGUCCAGCACAAGGAACACAAAAGUGAGGAGGCCAAACAGUUCGAUAACUUUUUCCAGAAAAUCAAAAAUCCCACCGAAUAUGUAUCCAAUGAGGAGAUCAUCAAAUAUGCCAAGCGAUUUGAGGAUGAAAUCACUUUGGACUCUUUGACAAGGGAACAGCUGGCCGCACUGUGCAAAGUAUUGGAACUGAAUACCGUGGGCACCACCAACUUCCUGAGAUUCCAACUGCGCAUGAAGUUACGUUCCUUGGCAGCUGAUGAUCGCGUCAUCGCCCGUGAAGGUGUCAACUCUCUCGAUUUGUGGGAGCUACAACAGGCCUGCAAGGCCAGAGGUAUGCGUGCCUAUGGCCUGACCCAGGAGAAAAUGCGCACCCAACUACAGGAAUGGAUUGAUUUGUCGCUAAACGAAAAAGUACCACCCACGCUGUUGUUGCUUUCCCGCACCAUGCUCAUCUCCGAUGACAGCAUGACCACAGAUAAGCUCAAGGAAACCAUACGUGUAUUGCCCGACUCAUUGGCGGCACAAACUAAGGCAGCCAUUGGGGAACGUGAGGGUAAAAUCGACAACAAGACUAAGAUUCAAAUCAUCAAAGAGGAGGAACGUAAAAUCAAGGAGGAAAUGGAAGAGGAGAAGGAAGAAGAAAAGGCCAAGGCUGCGGAUAAAGUCCUCGUGGAUGCAGCUGCUGCUGCAGCCGAUAAGGCAGCCACCAUUGAUGUCACAAAGGAGGCCAGCAUGGAGAACACUCUCACCUCCAAGGAUGUAGAGCUGCUCAGCGAAGCCUUGAAAUCUCUGUCGAGCGACAAGAAAAUGGUUGUCGAAAAGGAAACCAUCAAAGACCUCAAGGAAGAGCUGGAAGAAUACAAAGAAGAUGUGGAAGAAUUGCGUGAGGUGCGCCAGGUGGUUAAGGAGCCCGUUCGCGAAAGUCGUGCGGCCAAAAUGCUAUUCAAAAAGGUCAAUAGCAUGAUUGGCCAGUUGGAUAAGGUGCUGGACGAUUUGGAGAAGAAACAAAAGGAGAAAGCGCUACCCGGUGCGGAUGUUAGUGCCGAAGAGCUGAGAAAGGCUGAAUUGGAGGCGAAAUCACUGGAGGAGGAUAUUGUACAAAUUGAGGAUUUGGUGCAGACCAUUAAGAAGUUAAAACAAACCUCCGAUGAGUCCAGACUUAAACAAAUCGAAAAUGUGCUCAGUAAAUUGGAUGCCGACAAGGAUGGUGCCAUUUCUGUCGAUGAGGUACUCAAGGUCAUUGAAGCCAUUGGUCGGGAAAAUGUGAAAUUGGAUGAAAAACAAUUGGAAGAAUUGAUUUCGCUGUUGGAUAAGGAACAAGUGAUUGAGACACAGGAUAAAAUUGAAAAGGCCCUGGCCAAGAGUAUAAAGGAAGCGGAUAAUGUUAAGAAAUUGGCCGAAGAAAUUGCUGAUGCAGCUGCUGCUGCAGCAGCGGCAGCUAAAAAUAAUCCCUUGACGGAAGAUCUGAGGGAUUGUGCUAAGGUGGUAAAGGAAAAUGCCUUAGAUUUGGAUGCCUUGGAUGGCAAGAAUGUUUUGAAGGCGAAGGAGGGCUCUUCGGAUGCCGCCUUGUUGGAAGCUGCCGAAAAGCAAAAAGAGAAAAUUUUACCCAAAACCGAUAUUAGCUCAACCAUGCCACCCAGCAUACCACCUACCACAACAACAAGCAAAACUACACCCACAAAUUCAACGAAAGAUAAAAUGAUAUGA